AUGGAGGAAACAAACAACAGCACACCCACUUCUCCAUCCUCUCCAUCUUUUAAACAAAAGCUUAAACAUAAAUACAUUGCAUGUUUACCUUCUGCUUUCCGCAGAAAUAAUAAUCAUAAUCAGAAUACUGGCUCUUUACCGUCCUCCCCUGCCGUCGACUCAGAGAAUUCAAGUGCACAUCCAAAACAACCUACUCUUAUUCGGACCUCCUCCAUUGACAAAUGUAAGAACUUCAUUACACGUAUAGGUCGGAAUGCGCAAGGACUUACACAUGGACAUGGACAAAGCAAUGGCCACGCUCAUUCACACGGACGUGGCCAUCGGAGGCGCCAUUCGCUUUCUGCGAAUUUUCGGUACGAUGCUAUGAGUUAUGCUUUGAAUUUUGAUGAAGGGAAUGAUGAGAGUGUUGAAAGUGAGUAUCAUUUGAGGAGUUUCUCUUCAAGGUUGCCCCAGUCGCCCAAAAGGGAGAUUGUGUGCAGUUGA